ACACACACACACACACACACAGGAGAGAGAACAGCUUUAGGAGGAUUUGCUCUGUAUUUACAGUAACCCUGGGGGACCGAGCCAGCCGAGUACAGGAAAGACAGACUCUACAGGUGUGUAAGAAAACAAAUAGACAAUUAUUUUAUUUUUGCACAAUCCAACAGUGCAGGAUGGGAAGGAAGUGCGGCAGUGGGAUUAAAUAGGCAGUGUAUUGAAAGUAGGUUGAAGACUGGCACUAAAAGAAAGAAAUCUGACAAAAAGAGAAUAACAAUAAAGUGCUGUGUAUUCUGCACGGAGAUGUCAACCUGAGGAAGUUUCACCACCAGAGCAGAAUGGGACACCCUAAUGUGCCACUCAUGUACACUUACGCCCGUUCCCACAAGGAUAAACACAAAUCCAGUCGACUGCAACCCUACACACCAAACGACAGCCUGAACAAUGCCUUAGGCUCUAUCAGAGUGCUUGGUUUGGAGCUGAUCGCUGACGAACUUAAGCCACAUCUGAACACAGUGCUAAUCAACAUAACGGAAAGAACGAAAGGCGCUGCUGAGCAGGUAGUGGUCAGUGGGAUCUUGCCAAUUCUGGCCCUGUCUCUGAGGAGCAGGGGGCCCCUUACUCUGCUGACCGCAAAACUGGUAGCUGAACUCGCCAAAGAAUCUGUGGUUCGUAAAGGUUUCAGUGACGCGGGUUUGGUUACGGCUUUGCUGUCUGUGCUGACCAGUCCAGACCAAGAACUGCUCCUUCACGCUGUAAGAGCCAUCUCACGCAUGUCCUAUGACAGCUCUAAGCUGCAGGAACUGUUACUACGUCGAGGUGCAGUGCCUCGUCUUGUUGCCAUCCUGCUCCGUUUCCCUGAGAAUGAGGCUCUGGAGGAAGAGUGCCUUCAGGCCCUCUGUAACCUCAGUGGCAUGGGAGUGGCAGAGGAGGCUGGCAUGGUCUGGGAGAGAGUUGCAUCUGUGAGGCCAGGAGAAUCGGUUUUUCACGGCGUUUCUCCUCACACCUGUGGUCUGGACUCCUCUGUGACUCUGGUGUGUGUGUCUCAAUGGGCGCCGGGUCAAUACGCGGUCAACAUCGAGGUUUUCCAGCGCUGCUCCUCCUCUUUCUGGAACCUUCACGGGAACAAACGGAACACUCGUUGGUUCCCGUUCUCCAGCUUGGGAAGCUGUUCACAUCUGUACAAGGUGAUCAAGUUCUCUACGAGGAAGGUUCCCCGAACUAAAAGUCUGAAGACUCGCGUGUUCCACACUUUCCUCUGACAUCUUAAAUACUAUAUAUUAUAAUCUGGUAUUAUAGUUAUAUAAAACUCUGAGGGGAUUAUAUAGCCUGUCUAAUUGCACCACCAAUUAUUGGUAGGCUACACACCAAAACAUCAGUGGAAUGUUUACACACCAUAAUGCCCACUGGACAUUUACGUUAUUUGUGUUUAGGACCCCCUCAAAAUUGAGAUGCUACAGCUCAAGGGGCUAUCCUUUCAAUACAAUUCUAAUGAAAUGCUACUAAAUGUCUCUUGUCUACUGACUAUUGACUAUUGUUAUCAUUUUGACUUCUAUUUUUUACUUUAGUUUAUUAGUUUAUUUGUCAGGGACUAUGCACAGUUCAGGCCCUGUACCAGAGUUAGCUAUACAGCUAAUUUACAUCUGUGGUCCCUGGGCAAGGGAGAUAAAAGGUUAAUAUAGAUAAUACAGACAAUACUAUCAAAACAGAUAGAAACUUAACAAACAUAUAAAAAGCAUUACAUCACGUAUAAACCAGUAUACAAAAUAUACAUUCCAUGUUAUAAAAAGUGACAACCCACUCAACGUAAAAUAAUAGUCAGUCACAGCUCAUUUUAGUGAUUCAGCUAUUAUGGGAUCCUAUGCCAUGCAGUACUGUUUGUUUUUUUGUGCAAUAGUUGAAUCAGGAAUAAGGAAAACGCUAUGAAUAAAAAGUAAUUAUGCAUCAGAACAUGAAAACCGUAAAAAAAAAAUUAUGUUCCAAUGAUGUCCUUGCUGUUGAUUUGUACAGAAGUGCUUGAAAUAAUUGUGAAUUUCUUUUCUAGGCAGCAAUAAUGAUCCAUGUUAUUUUCUACAGUGCAAGCGUUUCAUUUUUUUACUAUGGCUCACUCAAUUUUCUUGAUCUUUGACUCCCACUUUAAACAAUAAAUGCCUUGACUUUUAAAGCAUGUGUCUUUACAGCAGGCGAACAAGGUCAUUGUUGUCAGGGGUUAGUUUGUAAAUAAUGUGAGCACACAAAUAACUCAUUUGCUGAAUUUGUAAUAACUGACAUGUUUUUAUGCAAUAAAAUUGCUUGUUUUCUUAA